AUGGAUGUCAGGGUGGCUGCAUGGAUAGAUUGUAUGAUGGCUGUAUGGAUGGAUGGUAGGGUGGCUGCCUGGCUGGAUGAUAGGAGGGCUGCAUGGAUGGAUGUAAGGUUGGCUGCAUGGAUGGGUGGUAGGGUGGCUGCACGGAUGGAUGGUAGGAGGGCUGCAUGGAUGGAUGGUAGGAGGGCUGCAUGGAUGGAUGGUAGGAGGGCUGCAUGGAUGGAUGAAAGGGUGGCUGCAUGGAUGGAUGGUAGGAGGGCUGCAUGGAUGGAUGUUAGGGUGGCUGCAUUAAUGGUUGGUAGGGUGACUGCUUGGAUGGAAAUAAGGGUUGCUGCAUGGGUGGAUGGUAGGGUGACUGCACGGAUGGAUGGUAGGGUGGCUGCAUGGAAUGAUGGUAGGAGGGCUGCAUGA